UCACUAACUCACUAAGCUGUGCAACUUCCUAGAACUUGCUCCAAAUUAAGCUUAGCAGCUGAGAGAGAAUGCAGAUUUUUUAUUGCUGUCUUUGUCUCCCCCUUCAAACUUAAUACCGAAACAUGGAGACAAAAGUACUCUCCUCCGGAAUCAUAUACACCAACUUGCCGGAAAGCUAUGUCAGACCAGAAUCCGACCGGCCUCACUUGUCCGAAGUCUCCGAAUGCGAAAACAUUCCCGUUAUUGACCUGGCUUCUCCCAACAGAGCCCAAACUGUGCAGCAAGUUGGCGAUGCCUGCAAAUAUUAUGGUUUUUUUCAGGUUAUUAACCACGGGGUGUCAACGGAAGGAGUGGAAAAAAUGGUAGGGGUGGCCAAUGAGUUUUUUAACCUUCCUCUGGAGGAAAAGUUGAAGCUGUACUCAGAAGACCCCUCAAAAACCAUGAGACUUUCAACAAGUUUUAAUGUAAACAAGGAGAAGGUUCAUAACUGGAGAGAUUAUCUUCGCCUCCAUUGCUAUCCUUUGGACAAGUACGUUCCUGAGUGGCCCUCCAAUCCUUCGUCCUUCAGGGACACUGUGAGUAAUUACUGUAGAGAGGUUCGAGAACUCGGAUACAGAUUAGAGGAAUUAAUAUCAGAAAGUUUAGGGCUGGAGAAAGAUUACAUAAGGAGCACAUUGGGCGAGCAAGGACAGCACAUGGCGGUGAACUUUUACCCGCCGUGUCCGCAGCCCGAGCUGACUUACGGGCUGCCAGGCCACACCGACCCAAAUGCCCUAACAAUUCUGCUCCAAGACCUUGGAGUUGCUGGCCUUCAAGUUCUCAAAGAUGGCAAAUGGGUUGCUGUCAGUCCCCAACCCAAUGCCUUUGUCAUUAACAUUGGUGACCAAUUACAGGCUCUAAGUAAUGGGAUUUACAAGAGUGUGUGGCAUCGUGCCAUUACCAAUACUGAAAGAGCAAGGCUCUCAGUAGCUUCAUUCCUCUGCCCACAAGAUGAUGCUCUGAUAAGCCCAGCAAAAGCUCUCACAGAGGAUGGAUCUGCAGCCAUGUAUAGGGGCUAUACCUACACUGAAUAUUAUAAGAAGUUUUGGACUCGGGACCUGGAGAAAGACCAUUGUUUGGACCUUUUCAAGACUCAGCAGCAGCCUUAGCCUCAUCAAACAUACGGCUAUUGGUGCAACGGUAGAGAUGCAAAAGACGAUUACUGUUCACUGGGUGGAUAGCAUAGUGUAUUGCCUGAGGGGUGGUUUCACACGGUGGAGUUGCUCUUCGGAGAGUUUGUGUAUGAGCGGCUGUAUGCCAAACCUUAUUACAGGUAGGUUUGCGUGAUGAGAAAAUACAUGGAGUCCUGAUUUUGUGUUUGUGGCAGUACAUACAUCUAUCUGUUGUACAACAAAUUUUCUCAUUUGUACGACUCAUUUGGGAGUGAUUUAAAAAUGUCUAGUUUCACUACGAAUUGUUGGUUUCAUAAAAAGAGGAGGAAGGAUAUCAUGGUUUUUUUUUUGUUGUAUUAAUUUAUAACAUUUUUAAUUAAUAAAUAUUUAUUCAUCGCGUGGCAUUCACAUCA